AUGUUUAGUAGAUCAUUUGUAAACUUUGGUAGUAGUAUCGGUGUUUUAACCAAUUCAUAUAAACCCAGAAUAUAUAGAAUAAUAACAACAACAACAACAACAAGGGAAAACAGAAGAACUAUAACAAUGUCUGAACCUUCACAGCACUAUAAAGUUGCUGAAAGAAUAGUGUUGAGUGAAACAGAAUCUAAAAUAUGUGAUCUUUUGAAAGAUUACUGCAACUAUUACAACAAUACUAACAAUUCCGCUGCUAGCAAUGAAGCAUUGGUGUUAAGAAUCACCGGGGGUUGGGUUAGAGAUAAACUUUUGGGUCAAGGAUCUCAUGAUUUAGAUAUAGCUAUAAAUAAAAUGUCUGGUGAACUCUUCGCUCACGGGCUAAACGACUAUCUUCGCCAAAAUUAUUCAAAAUACGGUAUAAAACCUCAUUCCAUCCACAAAAUCGAUAAAAAUCCUGAAAAAUCUAAACAUUUGGAAACAGCAACAACUAAACUGUUCGGCAUCGAGGUUGACUUCGUUAAUCUGAGAUCCGAAGAGUACACAGAACUCUCAAGAAUACCCAUCGUAAACUUCGGUACCCCUGAACAAGACGCCUUGAGAAGAGACGCUACUCUAAACGCCCUAUUCUACAACAUCCAAACUGACUCCAUCGAAGAUUUCACAGGGAAAGGUUUGUCGGACUUGAAAAAUGGAAUCUUGAGAACCCCGCUCCCACCAAAACAAACUUUCCUGGAUGACCCCCUGCGUGUCUUGAGGCUGAUUAGAUUUGCUUCAAGAUUCAACUUCAAAAUCGACCGCAAUGUCUUGAAGGAAAUGAGCGACCCAGAAAUCAACAAAUCCUUCAACUCAAAAAUCUCUCGUGAGCGGAUCGGUGUGGAGAUGGAAAAGAUCCUCUCCGGUCCAAACCCCUUGACUGCGUGGAAACUGAUCCAAAUCUCAAACUUGGAAAAUGUUAUCUUUUUUUGGCACUGUAAUGAAUCCGUCAUCGAAUUCAACAAAAGACAAAACUUCUCCAAUGUUGACAAGAUUGAAAAAGUUUAUCGGUCAGGUCUAUUGAACAAGCAUAUGUCUCGGUUCAACUCGCAAUAUCCCGCUUUUAUUGAAGAUGUAUUGAAAUCAAAUCCCUCAUUGCAAAAUAAACUGUUGACUGAUAAACAAUUGAGACAAAAUUUUAUGCUUGGAUCAUCUUUGUUACCAUUCCACGAUAUGAACAUCAUUGCAUUUCCACAAAAGAAAUUAAAUAAUACAGCCCCUGUUAUUGAAUGUAUCAUAAAGGAUGGGCUAAAAAUGAGUAAGAAUGACGCUGCAGUGGUCUCGCAAGUGGCACAAUCAAUCUCAAAAUAUAGCUACAUUGUAACUCUUUUCAAUACUAAUAUCGGUAGUACUAAUAGUGCUUCUGUUUUAAAAAGAUCGCAAAUUGGUCUUUUCAUCAGGUCCUUUAAGGGUAACUGGAUGUUAGUUCAUUUAGUAGCUUUAUUCAAUGAUCUUUUGAAUUCAGAUGGUUUACAAAAGAUUAAUCCUACUAUCAUUCAGGAAUAUGAUAGUUUCUAUAAUAUGAUUCUACAAGAAAAUUUACAAGACUGUCAUUCAUUAAGACCUUUGAUUGAUGGGAAAUCCUUACAAAAGAUACUUAACAUGAAACCAGGUCCCUGGAUGGGGAAUAUUAAUGAUAAACAAAUAGAAUGGCAAUUCGAUAAUCCAACAGGUACAAAGGAGCAAUUGAUUAAAUAUAUACAAAGAAUUUUAUCAAACUGCAUUUAG